ACAACUGCAUAGCUGAAUGAAAUGUUGUAAUCAAAGCGAUUGUAGCCCGGUCGUGCCUGUUCGAGCUGAGAGGAGCAAUUUCAUAAGUUUACACUAAUAUAAUGGCGGUGUCUGCUAUACCUAUGGAAUAUGUGCGUGUUGUAAAAUCAGCUACUUGUGGGCGAAGUUUGGUCUUCACUUCAAAGUUUGCGCCUGGACAAUGUAUCCUUGAAGAAUUGCCAUGUGCAUAUACAGUGAAGAACGACAGAAGGGGGAGCUUCUGUGAUUUUUGCCUCAAAAAAUGUUCAACUCUUAAGAAGUGUUCCAGAUGCAAUUAUGUAAGCUACUGCAAUAAAUCAUGUCAGAUAGGAGACUGGGCAAGAUGUCACAAGCAAGAGUGCAAAACACUCAAGAAAAUACAUCCCAGGCCUCCAGACUUACACGUAGCUCAGCUUCUGUCUCAACUCAUCCGGAAGCAAAGCAAGUCUGCUCCAUGCACUCAGGAAGAUGAGGAUUGUUUCCCAACCACCGUAGACCAGUUGGAAUCAAAUCAUGAAAAGCUGAGUGAUACGAAAAGGAAUCAUUUUGAGAGCUUGUUGUGUGUAUUGAAGCAGUUCCUUGAAGAGGACGUCUUAGCUGAGCCAAGCAGCUGGUUGAAGAUGUAUGGAGCGACUCUCUGUAACGGCUUUUCAAUAAUGGAUUAUGGACUUUAUGGUCUGAUUGACAUUGCAAAUGGGGUAUACUUGAGAGCAUCUAUGGUGAACCAUUCUUGUGAUCCUAACUGUGCACUGGUGUUUGAUGGGAGGAAACUUCAAGUCAGGACUGUUAAAGAUGUCAAAGAAGGAGAAGAGUGUACAAUCAGCUAUUUUACUGCCGUCAAUUACCCAACUAAAGAAAGACAGGCUUUUCUAGACCACGUACAUUACUUCACCUGCAAGUGUGUGAAAUGCAUCGAAGAAAUCAAUGCAUUGGAACCGGAUGCUGGUUUAACUGAAGAGAUCCUAGGUCUAGAGAAAUCCAAGGAGGAAAUCGAGAUGCAAAUACAGUUUGCAUUGAUAACAAAAGAUUGGACCAAAGUGUUACAGAAAUUCGAGACCUACCUGAGAAGCUGUCUUCCAGCCCAUCAUUAUCUUCUGGUGGAGGUCAGAGAUCUAGCAUUUGGAAUAUGCUGUACGAUAGAAUCAUGGGGAAAAGCUGCUCAGAUGGGACAACUGAUCACAAAACCAUAUAGAGACCACUAUGGACCAUACCAUCCAAGUCUGGGGAUUCACCUCCUGAGGAUGGGCCAAGCACUGCUAAACCUGAAGAGAUUUCAGGAGGCCAGAAAGUAUCUCACAGAGGCAAAGAGUGUUUUGGAGGUAACGCAUGGGCCACAGCAUUCACUGAUGAAGUCAACGUCAGUGCAAAAACUGCUCUGUAGAUUUAGGUAAUACAUGGCUAACGACUUUCCCGAAGGUCACCCCUUCUGUCUUUAACUGCAGAUAAGACAUGUCGAGCAACCGUCACUGAUGUCAACAUCAAUACAGGACCUUUUCUGUACUAGUAGAUGACACUGGAAAUACUAAAGAUUGAAGGACAGAUUGACAGCGAGAGUGAGAUCGAAAGGAAACGGGACAUAACAAUAACAAUUAGUUUGAGAAGCUGGCAAACAGUCAAUUCGAAAUGUAGUCAUUGUAGUUUGUACAUCUAGAAAUUUGAACACCAGGGCCCCGUUUCAUGAAACUUAUUUUCAAUAACGUGUUACGAUCAUUGUGAUAAGCUUCUGAAAUCCUUGCAUUUGAUUGGCUGUGAGCAGAUUUAUCAUAUAUAUGUGGCAGUUGUUAUUGAUAACAAGUUUGAUAAAAACAGGGCCCAGUUCUAUUUAAGGAGGUCCCAUAGGAAAGAUAUGAGCCUGCCGCAAACUCCUGCGGCAGACCUGCCGCAGACAGUCAUCUUUUUCACAUGCAAAUUAGUUUUGCCGCAGAAUUGCCGCA